AUGCAACAUGAGCCAGGGAAGAUGUCGUUUCUAGACAGCCUUAUGACUGUAGGACCUUUAAGCGCCGCAUCCUUUCUCACUGGUCUCAACAUUACCAGAGCUCCAUUCGUAACUUGGGAUGAGCAAGUUUGGUUUCUCAUAAUGACGCCGGAAGGUGUUUCGAAAUUCAUAGACCAUGUUUUCGAUGCCACGUGUAAUUAUACCCUGGAGAAAGGCUAUCUGGUCACCGAAGGCAAACUUUGCGUAAAAAGCCAGUCAGAUGAGGUUGACCGACGAAAUCCUACACCAUCAAAUUUCUCAAGGAGGAGGCGUGGGGCAUCAAAGAGCCAUGUAAAUCUAUCUACGGCUCUGGUAGUGAACGGUAGGACGCGUCAGAUUUAA